GUCAUAGUGACCGUAACCAACAACAGCGUCAACACAAUGGAUUCGCCUUAAUAUUACAUUGGCAUACACGUUAAAGGACCUUAACGCCAGAAACGGGUAAAAAAAAUAUGGAAGUGUUGGGGGAGUACAAAUGUCGAAACUGUGACAUGGUCUUUCGAUCCCUGACACUUCUGGACAAACACAGAGAACACUUCUGUAUCGGCUGUGACAUCGGAGAUCCCCUCGUUUUAAAGCGGGGACAGCCGCAGUUCAUGGAACCAGAUGGAAGCAAUUGGAAGGAAGGGCCAAAGAAGGCAGAGACCCCUAAUUUCAAGAAGAGAGGGCAGAACAGUGAGAGGACGAGGCUGCAGAGAUGGGACUGGCAGUCUAGGAAAGAAGAGGACCCAGGUCCCAGUGGGUCAGACAACCUCACCCUGAGGAAGCUCACAAAUGAGGGGUCCCAAGAGCCCAGCCCCAGGAGGCCAUGGGAGUACAGUGACAGAGUUCGAGACAUGGCAGAGAGACACGAGCGACAGCUGGCAGGCAUACAGGCUCACAACCGUCAGCUGGAGCAGGAGAGGGAGGAGAUUGGACGGAGACUAGCGGAGCUGUCGGGCCAGGGCAACACCGCCAACCUGGAGAGGCUGAUGCUGGAGCUGCAGGAGCAGGAGGAGAGGAACGAGGAGGCACUUCAGCACAUCCAGGGCCAGAUCCACACUCUGCACCAGCAGCAGGGGGCCAAAGAAGCCAGUAUCCGCCCCAACUCUCCCAGCCUUGGGCCACACGAGGACAGAACGACGCAGCGCAUGAGCUUUGACCUCAUUUCCGAAGUGGACGGCCGCCUCUCCAGCCAAAUUAGAGCUCUACGAUUGGUCUACAUGCAGUCAGGUGGCGCUGACCCGGUGGUUCUGGCCCAGAUGCACGACUUACAGGCUGAGGCGCACAUGCUGGAGCAGGCCAGACCCAAAGCCGAACGCAAAGGAGAGAAGAGGAGAUCGAAGCCCUCCCACCGGGUGCUGGAUGCUGAGCUGCUUUCGGUGGAGAAGGAGAACCAGCGUCUGGAGGAAGAGAUCCUGAGGAUUCGGCUGGCCAGGGAGAGACACAGAGGGGAGGAGGUUGGUGCUGAACUGCAGCAGAUCCAGAGGGAGCAGAUUCAUCAGAUGGCCACUGUGCAGGCGGAGAUAGAGUACCUCCGCAGGGAGGUGGAGAGGGCCAAGGAGUUCCCCCGAGAGCGCAGACAGGCUCCACCCCCACCUCCUCCGCCCCCUUUCCCACCUCCUCCACCCAUGCUUCCCCUGGGUCAGAUGACCGCUCCGCCUACCCUGGAGCAGACCAGGCCUCAAAAUGCCAUGCAAGGCAGGCCUAUGCUGGAUCCUCUCGAGUCCCUGGGUCCUGCACCGUAUGACCCAGGGGCAGGCUUUGUGAUAUUCUAUGACUUGGUUCUGGGUCUGGACGCCACCCUGCGAAUGGUGCGCCUGGUGGUGGGAUUGUAUGCUGGAGGCCACGACCUUGGGCAUCCCACCCACCUGCCGCCUGUACCGUGCCAACCAGGGGGAGCCCUUCCCUAUACCAACGCUGUGCCCGCAGGAAACUACGCCACGCUGUCCAUCAAACAGCCUGUACCAAGGAUGCAGCCCUCUUCUUCCCUUACGCUGGUGGUGGAGGUGCAGGCUGCUGGGGGUCUGGACCCCUACGGCCAGGAGAUCCAGCGGCUGGUGUCCCGGGGCUGGGCCCAGCUGGACCUCUUUGAUGAGCACAACCAGGUCCAGAGCGGCCACUGGAGGCUUCCUGUCCGCGCUCUCCCGGUCCGGCCCUCCCUCAGCACUGCACAGCUCAACUCGGUCCCGCAGGUCGGCAACAUGGAGCUCUGCCUGCGGGUGGUAAACGCUCGGGACGGAGACGUGCAGUCCCUGGUGAACGUGGAGCCCGGCAACGCUGGCCAGUAUAAAUACCCCUCAGUGGUACAUCGGUCCAUUUCCAACAUGAAGCUGCAGUGCCCUCAGGACCUGUGGGAGGUGGAGGUGGAGGUGAAAGGGUAG